AUGCCUUCCAUCGAGCACCAAAUACAGAGUGUUCGAGAAGCAGUGGGAAAAUCUGACCCGUGGACUUCUGGUACAAUUCAGGUUCCUCUUGAUAGCCUCGACAUCUUCUAUCUUCAUAAAUCUGAUCCUCCACAAUCUCAUCAUAUCAAGUUAACGGCGACCGCCUCUGAUGAAGACCUCGAUAAAUUAACGGCUUCAUGUGAUAGAGCUACCUUUGGACGCGAAAAAGAAGACGUGCUGGAUGAGUCCUAUCGAAAAGCAGGGAAACUCGACCUCAAUUAUUUUACCUCCAAACUCGACUCUCGUGUCAUCGAAUUGAUACCAAAGAUCACACCUCAUCUAUUGAAAGGAGAAGAUUCAGGAAGAGACGUUGAAGCUGAGUUGUACAAAUUGAACGUUUACGACAAGGGAAGUUUUUUUCGCGUACACAAAGAUACUCCUCGAAGCAAACGCAUGUUCGGCUCGUUUGUCAUAGUCUUUCCCACCCUCCAUACCGGUGGCCAACUCGUUCUCCAUCACGACGGAAAAGAGCUCAAUUUUGACUCUAGCACCGUUAUAUCCAACUCUGCCUCGCCUGAGGACACUGUCGCGUACAUUGCAUUUUUCUCCGACGUCGAGCACGAGAUAUUACCUGUCACUUCUGGCUAUCGGAUCACGCUAACCUACAAUCUCUAUUUCUCCGAAUCCCCCCGUCGUAGCCUCCCCACACGCAACUCGAACAAGGUUUCCGAGUUGAAGGAAAGUCUUUCCGUUCUUCUCAACAACCCGCAAUUCCUCCCUAAAGGUGGUCUACUUGGAUUCGCGUUAUCCCAUUGGUACCCUAUCAGUCCUGGAAGCGGAGAAAGCCUCGAUUGGGUACUGGAUGUACUCAAAGGGGAAGAUGCAGUUAUACGCUCAGCCUGCGAAGACCUAGAUCUCUUUCUUUCCGUCAAGUCGGUCCUAACGGAAAAAAAGGUGGACGAGUACUAUUACUCAGCUUGGGACCACGGAAGGAUCUUGCUCGACUACGCAGUUGAUUUCACCAAGCACGGAGAGAACGGACUGACAAUGAUAAAGCACAUGCUAUACGAAGAAGGAGGAACGCUUAUCCAUCCUUACGAUGAAAAGCUUUGUUAUAGGGCUUGGAAGGACUGUACUCCUUCAAAGGCUAUUGCUUGGAUUACGGAUUUGCAGGAUGGUAGGGCGGGAUAUAAGUCGUUGUAUAUUGCUUUUGGGAAUGAGCCGAGUCCGGAGUUUGAGUAUAUUACGUUGAGUCUGGUUGCUGCUUUUGGACCUGUGGGGGAUAGGAAGAAUUGGUCGUUGUACAAGGCGGAGUCCGAGUAA